UAUUUUUUAUUGUUAGUGUUUGUCGUUUGAUAGUGUCGCUGUCAUUUAAAGAAUCAUAAAUUUUAGCUUGAGGUUAUAAUCGGCGUAUCAACUCUUUCAUUGUUUUUAUUAAUACUAGAUAAUAAAACUAAAGAAAUAUGAAGCUAGUGCGUUUUUUAAUGAAAUUGAGUCACGAGACGGUUACAAUUGAACUCAAAAAUGGAAGCGUAGUUCAUGGAACGAUCACCGGCGUCGAUGUUGCAAUGAACACACAUUUGAAAGCUGUAAAAGUAACGCUGAAGAACAAAGAGGAGCUUCAAUUGGAGACAUUGAGUAUACGUGGGAACAACAUUCGGUAUUACUUACUUCCUGACAGUUUACCUUUGGAAACUCUACUAAUUGAUGACACACCUAAGGGCAGAGGGAAACGCGAAGGUUUCCAGCGAGGUGGUACUAGAGGCGGUCGUGGAAGAGGAAGAGGUGGUCGUGGCGGUCCCAGAGGAGGUCGCGGGGGCCGCGGCCGUGGACGUCGAUAGUCUCUAACCUAGGUCUAAGCUAUUUUAAAACCUAAAGUAAGAUUGGAUAAGUGAUUGUGAUGUAAGUUGAUGUGAAUUAUACAAUUUCCAACUUUCCA